AUCAGAUUUCAUCUGCUGUCUUACGUACGCCACAUACUUCUCUGGUUUGUGCGUUCCAACCUUCCUGCGGAAUCCUACCAUGUCUGAACUUCCCGUUUUAGAAAUUAAGACUGAUAUUCUCGUUAUUGGUUCUGGACCCGUUGGGUCCACGUUCGCACGCGUGCUGGUCGAGAAUGGUCGCAAUGUGCUAAUGGUGGAGGCCGGUCCAUACACGUCCAGACGACCGGGAUGGCACCUCAAGAAUUCCUACGUGUACCAGCGAGAUUUCAACUCGUUCACCGGUCUCAUCUCUUCGCACCUCCACGACUCGUCCGUUGCGACGUCCAACAAGCCGACAAUCACUCUCGAUCCGUCCGCAUUUCACGUUGACUUGACCGACGACAAGUACAAGGGUUUCGUUCGGAACAGUCAAAACCCUAAGCAAAACCCAUUCUUGAACAUUGAUGGCGAGGCUGAGGCGUUUUGUGUCGGAGGCAUGGCUGUUCAUUGGACAUGUGCCAUUCCACGAGAGUGCGUAGAUAUUGAGAGAUCUAGUCUGCUGGCUGAUAGAGAAUGGGAAGAACUCUACAAAGUAGCUGAAGACUACCUUUGCCGUCACACUGAUGUAUUUGAUGAUUCGAUUCGUCACACAGUGGUAAAGAACACCAUUGAAUCGUGCUUUCCUGAUCGAGGUGUAAGGAGCCUGCCACUAGCAGUCACAGCUAACAAAUAUAAUAAAGCACUAGUCACAUGGUCAGGGACCGAUGUCAUCUUGGGUGACAACCUCAUUGACAUGAUUGACAAUCCAGAAAAGGAACAGUUCCAGCUGCUGCCUGAGCAUCUCUGCUAUCAGCUCGGUGUCAGUGAAGAUGGUAAGGAAAUUGUCAUAGCUCGUUGCACCGACCUGACCAGAAACCAAAAAGUAGUCAUCUACGCCAACCAUUAUGUCAUUUGCUGUGGUGCUGUUAGAACACCUCAAUUACUAUACGCAUCAAACAUUCGUCCAAAAGCGCUUGGUCAUUACCUCUGUGAGCAGCCAAAGUCAUUUUGCCAAAUUGUCCUGAAUGAGGAGAUAAUCAUGGGUAUAAGAAAGGGCAGCCUUAUAGGCCUGACCCCUGAAAUGAAGAAAAAGGUUCACGACUACAUUGACGAAAACCCAGAAGAUCCUGUUCCCAUUCCAAGUGAUGACAAAGCUCCACAGGUGAACAUCCCGUUCUCUAAGAAAAACCCUUACCACUGCCAGAUUCAUCGAGAUGCCUUCAAGUAUGGUGCUGUUCCUCCCAAUGUCGAUGAUCGUCUCAUUGUUGAUCUGCGUUGGUUCGGCUACAUGGAGCCUAAUGUUAACAACAGACUUGAGUUCGAGACAGACAUCAAGGACAGGUUUGGCAUGCCACAGCCGACAUUCUACUUCCAACUUAGUCCGGAAGACUCCCAACGUGCUCAUGCCAUGAUCGAUGACAUGACCAAAGCAGCUGUCGCUCUGGGUGGCUUCUUACCAGGUUCAGAGCCACAGUUCAUGCCCAUUGGAAGCAGCCUUCAUCUGACAGGAAGUGUUCGUAUGGGAUCAAAGGACGAUGACACAUCAGUGUGUGACACAUAUUCAAAAGUCUGGGGGCUAGAGAACUUGUGGCUUGGAAGCAACGGCGUCAUUCCUACAGGCACCGCUUCGAAUGUCACUCUGACUUCUGUGGCACUGGCGAUCAGGUCGGCUCGUCGUAUUCUUGGACUGCCUGAGCUCAGCCAUGCUUGACCUCAGCCAUGCGUCCUAGCUGCUACACCAAGUGACAUGUAGCCAACACUGAUGUGUGUGUGAUGUUUGUGCUUGUCAUAUUUCGUGUAAGCUUGCAAGUUUCUGCAUGCAUCACCUACCAAUUUGACUUGUAGGUGUACGUAAGAGUUUUGUUGAGUUUUGUUGAAAGCUUGAAGUCAGUCUAAGAAUCAUGUGCUCAUGCAAAUGGCAGACAUUUGCUAUUGAAAA